UCGUAAUUGAAUGAAUAUAGGAGAAAGUUCCGAUAAUUGAUAUGAAUAUUUUUUUGUAAUUUCAAUUAUGUUCCAAGAGGACUUAACGUUGCUUAAGGAAAUAAUGUAAAUGAUGUAUUGUUCGAAGAUUUAGUAGAUACUAGAAUGAUUAGAUAUAAAAAUUUCCUCCUUCUCCUCGUCUGCCUAACGUUGUCGAUAAAAUGCGAAAUCGCCCAACCACCGAGAAAAGACGCGCACGACGGCAACAUCGCAAACGCCAUACAACAAUCCUCAAAGAACGAUGGUAACCCUUCCAAACCAUCAGGAUGGAUAUUCUCCCGCUUUAACGCCACCCAUCAGAGGAAACCCAACGAAGAUCAAUUGCCCGCAUCGGCGGAAUUCGGCGGGUACCACUACCUGCCGCCGCCCGACGAUCACGCCGAUUGCAACCCUUGCAACCAGGAACCGUGGGUACCCAUAGCAGGCCAUAAUAAAUAUCAACACGAUUUUUCUAGUCUUUCGCAUAACGUAGAUAAUAUUUUACCCAACAGCGGGUACUCCGGUUUGUAUGGAAUACCUCCCAGCAUCGAUUACGGUGUUCCCAAACCCUCUUACGGACCUCCCAAGAAUCCCAAGCCUUUGUACGGUCCUCCAAAACAGCAUUAUGGACCGCCCAAACCAUUGUACAGACCACCAAAGCCGCUUUAUGGGCCACCGCAGCAACAAUACGGGCCACCUAAACCAUUGUAUCUGCCGCCUAAACAAGAAUAUGGUCCACCAGUACCGUUGUAUGGACCUCCCAAACCGGAAUUCGGUCCACCAAAGCCUUUGUACGGACCAUCUUCAGGGGACGAUGUUAUUUUCGAUUAUAUGAUCCCUCCUCCAGUGCAAUAUAAGAUACCUGCCAUAAUGUACGGACCUCCGAAUUCUAAUUAUGGACCACCCAAGCCGAAUUACGGACCACCUAGGCCGAAUUACGGACCACCAAAACCUAAUUAUGGACCACCAAAACCCAAUUAUGUACCGCCGAAGCCUAAUUACGGACCACCCAAACCUAUUUACGGACCACCCAAGCCUGAAUACGGCCCUCCUAAUUCCAUAUUUAACCCACCUCCAAUACCGCUGCACCAACCACCAGAACUAAACUUCCUCCCGCCAAGCAUUUUCAAUCCCCCCCAACCGGACGCCAAUCCGCCGCAAGUCCACGCGGCGCCGAAUCCGCCGCUAUUCGAGCCUCCUCAGCCGGACUUUACCGUCCAACACCUACCGGCGCCGACUCAAAGCGCCGAUUCCACCGAAUUCCACCGGUCCCCCGCGUCCGAUUUCGUCCCACCGUCGCUAGACAACUCCUACGGCGGCGCCGUACCGCCGGCGCCCCAUCAGCAAUUCGCAGACAACCCGUCGCCGCAACUGGCCGAAAUCCCGCUGGACAACGGCUACAUUCCGGCGCCGGCGCCGUCCGACAGCUACGGCGACCCGGUGACCGACGACGGCUUCCAGUUUAACCGGCAGCAGGACUCGCAGCCGGCGCCCAGCGGCGACGGGGAUCCGUCGGCGAACGCCGACCUGCCGAACCAUCGGUUCAACGCCGAUUACCCGAACCUGGGCCCGGUGCAGUCGGCGCCGAUUUACGAUUUCGGGAAUUUCCGCGUCGCCGACGACGCGGUUCAGGUGCAGAAGAGCGUCAAGGUGGCGGAUUACGUGGCGUCUGUGGAGCAUCCCAUCAACGUGGUGCAAUCGCCGCUGGUGGAGCUCCACAUAAACGAGGAUACCGAGCAGGAUUACCAAAAUAAUUACACGCGCAUCGCCAAGAACCACCAGAACGAUGUAGAGCCGUACAAAUUAAGCGAUAAUCCUAUUGUAGUGGACGAUACUCAUACGGCUGCUAGUACCAUCAAUACCAACGUUUCUAAUUACGGCAGCUUCGAGGAUCAAGCGAAUGUAAUCAAGCAAAUUUUGAUACAAAAAGGUAUACUGAAGCAACGCGAAAGGAGUACUGGAGUUUCUAAUUCGAUGGUCCCGCCUUCUCCAAACAGCAAAUCCACUUGGGAAUCGACUAGUACGGUUAAACCGGUUCAAAUUAUAGUACCUUACACGAAGAGCUACACGACUCUCAUGCCCACUUACAUGCCGCCCACGCCCACCCAAAGCUCCGAUUGGUCGAAGUACUUAACAACCAAACCGAGCAAAACCUCCAUCCAAAGUACCGCCGUUUACAACAUCAAAGACCUAAUAGGCGCCAGCGACAAUCGUACCGGAAAGGAAUCCCUACCGUUCGACGUCAUAUCCCUGCAGAAGAACAUCGACGAUUGGACCCACCAAUCCUUCUCCAGCGGGAAAACCGUAAACCUGCCCCAGAAGCGGAUCCCAGCGGAGUUCUUCACCACGCCCGAUCCUCCCACCAGCUACUCCAACGACAUCUUCGACCACCAGCUGGCCGAAUCGUCUCGAAAGGAGACCGCGGUGGACGCGGACAUCGAAACCAACGUGAUAGUCGCAGCCGAAGCGGCCAGCACGGAACCCGCGGUCACUUCCACCGAAAGCGCCCGCCAGAGGGAAGCGGAGAGGUUGCAAAAGUCUUCGUGGAAGUCCGCCUACGUGACCGUCAGCCCGCUCACCAAGGAGAAGGUGUACGUGGUGACGCCGCAGGCGUACAGCUUCGUCACCGCCAAUCCGGCGGAGGCGGACGCCUGGAGCAUGGCGCCGCGGGUGGAGAACGGCACCGCCACCAAUGACGCCUCCAAGUCGCGCAAAUUCUCCGUGCGGAUCGAGCCCCAGCGGGCCGGCUCCGGGGAGAAGGCGCCCAAGGACUCCAAGAGCGCCGUGAAGGUGGUGUACAGCGAAUGGCCGCAUUUAAUAAACAAUCUUCAAACUACGACGGCGAAACCCACAUCGGUGCAUCCGCUUUUCGGGCUGAUGGGCAUCACGGCGUACACGCCCCCGUCCAACGCCACAAUCGAGACGUUCGUGGGGCACUCGAAGGUGGUCACCGUGGUGACGCCGUCGUCGAGGAUCGAGGCAACCAAAGAUUCGUGAAUCAGAAGUGGGAUAAAUAUAGGAUGUACGAAUAAAUAUAGGUUUUGUAACUGACGAAAAUCUCAAUUAUUAUUGUAACAGGAACUUACUUGGUGUAUUUGAAUGCGUAAUUUAUGGUAGUUUCCGUUACGAGCGAAAUGAAGAGAAACUCUUUCGAUUCUAAUAUAAUUCGUUAAAUUUUAUUUCUUACUUUUUAGACCUCUUUUUAAUGAAUUAUACAUGAAUA